GGGGAAUGGGUUGGGGUGGAACAGUCCUGUAAUGAGCAUAUUCUAGAGACACUCAGCAUCAUAUGGCUUCAGACCAUCAUGGAUACCCACCUUUAAAUAUGCACGUAAAAAUGAAGGAGGAGGGGACCAAAGAGCAGGACUAAACCGAUUUUUGACGCUUUUAACCAGUCUUCCAGGAAAGAAGCUUCACCUCUACAACACAGCAGGAGCGCAGAAGGGAAAAGAGAGAGCGAGAGGGAGCAGCAUUAGGAAAAAUGCUGUGCCAGAUUGAUCUCAUUUAACACAUAAGUGAGGAAAUACUGUCAUUUGAUUUGGAAAACAUGAUCUAGAGGGAGGCCUAAACACCAUCCAUGCUUUGAGGCUAUGGAUGCUCUCCCACAUUUCUGCAUUUUUGUGAGCCGGAGCGGUAUGUUUGGGGGCCGUGUAAUGUCUGAUUGAGUGUAUCAAUGCUGCUGCUGAGUGGAUCUCUUUGGCUGUGGAAAAAAACUAGGCCUUGUUUGCCUGCUGAUCUCCACGCAGGGAACGCGGGACGCGGCUGUGUGCCUCAGCCUGUUGGGACUGUGCAGAGAGGAAGGGAGAAGCUCACCAUCUGCAUGGCCGUUGGAAGUAGCAUGCACAAUAAAAACAUCCAAUACCAAAGGCCACGCACACUCAGGCAGGAGCUAUAACACCAGGAUGGUAGUCUGGUAGAUUCUUUUUCACCCCUUUAAAUCGUCUGGACUUAAAAGCACUGCUUUUUUUCUAUACUUUCAAAAUCUACUUGAAGGACGGGAGGAAUAUUGCUGUAACACUUCCUGUAUAAUUGAUCGCUGUCUUCCUUUUUUGCUUGCCAAUUGCAGUUCAUCACUUGACUUUCUAAAGAUUUGCCAAAACCUGUUUCAUGCAUGUCCACUGGAGGCAGGUUUGACUUUGAUGAUGGGGGGUCGUACUGUGGAGGGUGGGAACAGGGCAAGGCGCAUGGCCGAGGGGUCUGCACAGGGCCUCAGGGCCAGGGGGAGUAUGCGGGGGCCUGGAGCCAUGGAUUCGAAAUUCUUGGAGUUUACACUUGGCCCAGCGGAAACAGUUACAAAGGAACCUGGGCACAGGGCAAGAGGCAUGGCAUUGGCGUGGAGAGCAAAGGGAGGUGGGAGUACAAGGGGGAAUGGACACAAGGGUUCAAAGGCAGGUAUGGGAAGUUGGAAAGCACUAGCAGCGGUUCCCGUUAUGAAGGCACUUGGAGCAAUGGCUUACAGGAUGGAUACGGCUCAGAGACCUAUUCGGAUGGAGGCACAUACCAAGGCCAGUGGUUGAGCGGUAUGCGUCAUGGCUAUGGAGUGCGACAGAGUGUGCCUUAUGGCAUGGCAGCCAUCAUCUUCUCUCCUAUGUGCACCUCCAUAAACUCCCUACGAUCUGAUCACAGUGAAGGGGCCCCCACUCCAGAAGAUGGCUCUGGUGUCAGUGGGGUAUCUGGCAGCCCAGUGGGGCGCAGUGGCUUUGUACUUUGUGCUCACAGUGAAGCAGACAAGCACAGGAAGAGGAAAGGUCGCUUCCGACAGUCCAUACUGAGUGGUUUGAAGCUGCGGAGGUCUGAGUCCAAGAGCUCUCUGGCCAGCCAGUUAAGCAAGCAGAGUUCCUUCUGCAGCGAGGGAGGUAUGAGCACAGUCAGCUCAGCUGCCUCAGACAUCAACUCCAAUGUCAGCUUAGGUGAAGCGGAAGCAGGGAGCAACGUGGAUGCCACUGUCACCGAAACAUAUGCUGGUGAAUGGAGGAAUGACAUGCGAUCAGGGUGGGGUGUAAGUCAUCGCUCCGAUGGACUUCACUAUGAAGGUGAGUGGUUUGGAAACAAGCGGCAUGGCUAUGGCUGCACCACUUUUCCAGAUGGAACCAAGGAAGAGGGAAAAUACAAGCAGAAUGUUCUGGUGAGUGGAAAGCGGAAAAACCUAAUACCACUACGUACCAGCAAAAUCCGUGAAAAAGUGGAUCGUGCUGUGGAAGCUGCCGAGAAAGCUGCAGACAUUGCCAAGCAGAAGGCUGAGAUUGCAUUGUCCAGAAUGAGCCAUGCUAGAGGAAAGGCAGAGGCUGCAGAAGGAGUCGCACAGAGAGCCCAGGAGGAGUGCCGUCUGGCCAGGGCUAUAGUCAAAGAACUUUCCCCCUCUAUCCAUCGCUAUGGGAAUGGACUGGAGUGCCAGAGACCAAAGCAUCAGGACAGGAAAGAGACAGACCUGGAGGUUGUCUCGACUGGUACAGACAGCCCUGAGCUCUGCACACCAGACACAACACCCCCACCCCAGACACCUGACCUGAGCCCAGUUCUAAGCAGCCCCUCCUCACCUCCCUGCAGCCCACCCACUCAUCGCAGUAGGAAUGCUUGUUUUAUUCGGCAGAGCGCUGUGGAUGAACAAGGAGGGGCCGAGAUUCAGGUUCUAAUAGAAGGUAGAGGCAUGGACAGCAUGAGAAGUGGGGCCAACAGUUGGACUGCUGAGAUGUGUCCUCACAGAAGAGGAAGCAAAGGGGAGAGCAGUCGCUCUACAACUCCAUCCUUGCUGGAAGAGGAGAUCGGUCAUGUAAAUGGACAUGAGAAUUCCUUAACUCAUCACCCAUGGGAGAACGGCUCCUCUAAUCACAAGCCCAUUGAGCAUAUGGCCCCUGAGAAGGUGUGGGAUGAAAUGUCCUCCAAUCAAAAGCCCUUGAAGCAUGUUUCCUUAAAUCAAAAAUCCAGGGAACAUACAAUUUCCAGGGAAAGAGAACGGGAGCAUAAACCAUCCAAUCACAAAUCUGUUGAUCGCGACUCUUCCAAGUUCAAACCACAGGUGCACAUAUAUUCCAAUCACAAGUCAGCUGGUCAUAAUUUGUCCAAUCACAAGACCAAUGAGCAUGCUUCCUCCAAUCACAAACCAAAGGAGUUUAUUUCUGCAAAUGAAAAACCACACGUUUCUUACCACUAUAAACCCCAAGAGCAUGUUUCCUCCUAUCACAAACAACAUGAGCAUGUCCACUUCAACCACAAGCCAAGAAAGUCUUUUACCAAUCAUUCGAUUGUUGAGUCUAGCUUGAAUGCAUACCAGCUAUCAGACUGUGGAGCCAACAACUCCAAUCUGGAAUGGACUGUUGAAAACAAUUCCCAGUGGAUCUCUUCUCAUUCACAUCUGCAGGAGAAAGAAGGGGAAAAUGAUUAUCGGGUUGAAAUGAGGUUCCAGCCCCUAGACUCCGUUUCCCAUCAGAACUUUGGCUCUGGCAUGAAAUGCUCGGGUCUCCAAGGGCACAAUUUGCAGAGACUACGUCAGCGAAACCAUGAAGGCAAAGAAUGGGGUCUUUCAGCCAGGGAGGGGUCCAUGGACUCUGUGCAGAUGCUUGACAGCUUGAAUGUUGGGGUUGAUGUGGAGGAAUGGCCUUUGCACAGGGACAUUACUCUUUCACCCCCUUUAACAUCUACUCCAGAAUCACUGGAACAAGAAGGAGAGCAUCUGAACCUGAUGAAGACAAACUCAGGCUCCAGCUCUGUCCUGGUGGUCAUGGUGAUAUUACUCAACAUUGGUGUAGCCAUUUUGUUCAUUCAUUUCUUUAUUUAAUCAUAUGGCCUAUAGAAUGUCAAUAACAGCAUUAAACAUCAUCAAGAGUAAGAUAUGCACACUUAGCACCACGUCUUAAUAUAAGGAACCCAAAAUCACAGUAGUAAAUGUCCGUGUAAGUGUGGCAAGCCCAUGUAAACUGUAAACUUCUUUUAUGGUCAGAUUUAUUAUAUAAUUCCAUUAUAAUCCAUUAAUUAACUUUGCUUACUUUUUUCUUCCAUUCAUAAUAAAGGUCCAUUUACAAUAUUCUGUAGAAAUGAAGUAUUACACACGUUUAGGUUUUUUAAUAUACAGCUUGUCUGAUACGUUUUACCACAUAUUUAACAGUUACAAAAUAUUAUUUCACACUUAUUUG